CAUCCCGGCCAGGCCAUGCGGCAUGAGGGUGUGCGGCCAAGCUCCUCCCCGCCGCCGCCGCCCCUCGCCGCGCCGCGGGGACGUGCAGUCGCUCGGCGGGACAUGGAGGCGGGCGGCGGGGCCCGGCGCCCCGCGCUGCUGCUGCUGCUGCUGCUGGCGGCGGCGCUGGGAGGCGAGGCGGAGGCGGAGGAGCCGCGCCCGGCGCGGCAGCGCGGGGACGAGCAGUGCCAUUACUACGCGGGCGGGCAGGUGUACCCCGGCGAGGCGGCCCGGCUGCCCGUCUCCGACCACUCGCUGCACCUCAGCCAGGCCAAGAUCUCCAAGCCAGCACCUUACUGGGAGGGAACAGCAGUCAUUAAUGGAGAGUUUAAAGAGCUGAAGCUAACAGAUUAUGAAGGAAAAUAUCUUGUCUUCUUCUUCUAUCCUCUUGACUUUACGUUUGUCUGUCCAACUGAGAUAAUUGCCUUCAGUGACCGAAUUGAAGAAUUCAGAGCAAUAAAUACUGAAGUAGUAGCAUGUUCUGUGGACUCAAAAUUCACUCACUUAGCAUGGAUUAAUACUCCUCGUAAACAAGGAGGACUUGGACCAAUGAAGAUUCCCCUUCUUUCUGAUCUGACACACCAGAUUUCAAAGGAUUAUGGAGUGUAUCUGGAAGAUCAAGGACAUACACUUAGAGGCCUUUUCAUUAUUGACAAUAAGAGAAUCCUUCGACAGAUCACCAUGAAUGACCUUCCUGUUGGGAGAUCAGUGGAUGAAACACUUCGUUUAGUACAAGCAUUCCAGUACACAGACAAACAUGGAGAAGUUUGCCCUGCUGGUUGGAAACCUGGCAGUGAAACAAUCAAACCAGAGGAAGCCAUGAGAGUGUGGUGGCCAAGGGAAGAACUAUAAUUCCAGAUCCAGCUGGAAAACUGAAGUAUUUUGAUAAACUAAACUGAGGCUCACUUCUGUUGAAUUCAAUAGGUCACAUUCAACUUGAUUUUUGCCAAUAAAAUUUCAUUAAUUUUGGUA